AUGAGCGGCAGCGAGCCCGCCCAGGCGUCUUCCGGCACCCUGACCAAGCUGAAGUCGGCCCUGGGGCUACAGAGCACGCAGCCCAAGGGGCCCGCCCCGAUAAACACACAUAAACCCACAUCGCACUCCUCCCUCACGCGGCAAGACUCCUUCCCGGAGAUUUGCUCCACCCCCAGCGACGUGGGCAUCUUCGAGGUGGCACACAACAAGUGCCGCAAUGCAGACGGCACCUUCUCUUGGCGCAAGUUCUUCUUCGAGGCGCCUGGACGCCCCACCACGCCACGCAACGGAGGGGGCGUAGGAGCCGCCGCCUCUGCCGCCGCAGCUGGGGCGGGAGCGGCGGCGCCUUCAGUGGGCCAGCAGUGA